AACCUGUUCUCAAUAAUCUUACACCCACUCAAAAAAUAAAAAGAAAAGAACAUAAAAUCGAUCUUCAGAAAUGGUGGCCUUGAAGAAAAUUGCUGUCUUGCAGGCAGCACUGCUGGUCCUUACAGGACUGGCUGUGUCUGCAAAAGCUGAUAGGUUGGAUUUCUUCAAGCUCCUCACUUCCAACAAUCAAAAAUCUGUGGAUGGUUACAAAAGACCAGAUAUUCCAGCGUGCUGCGAUAAGUGCAUCUGCACGAAGAGCAUACCACCGCAGUGCAGAUGCACUGACGUCUUUAUCGGCGACAAGCGGUGCAAGAACUGUCAAGGGUGCAUAUGCAAUCUCAGCAACCCACCGCAGUGUCAGUGCCUUGAUAUUAAGGACUACUGCGAUCCACCAUGCUCAUCCUCCUCCUCCACCACUCAGAUCAUCAAACAAGUGGCUGCCUGAUCCACAUGAUCAGAGACUAAUAAACCCAAUGUUAUUUUAUAUAUAUCUACGUUAUGUAUCAUGCCAUAUGAUCGUGUGCUCCAUGAUCUACUAGCUAGUGUUUAUUGUCUUCAAUUUGGCUCAAUGGCUGGCUGUUGUUGAGCUUUAAUUUUCUACACAUAUAUACAUAUAUAUAUAUAUAUAUAUAUAUAUGUACUCGUGAAGACUAAUAAAAA